UCUCCUCUCUCAGAUCCUCUCUCCUUCUACUCCUUCCACUCUCUCCGCAGCUUUAUGAACCACAGGAAAGGGUCACCUGCCAAAGCAUCACAGACUGGGAUUAAAACAGCACGCAGAUAAAGUCUCUGAAAGAGCUUUGUUAUGAACAGAUUUAACUGUAUGUUUGGAUGGAUUCUUCUUCUGGGAGCUCUGAUGAGCCCAGUGUCGUGUCAGGAUGAGGAGAGUGUAAUUGCAGUAUGCCGAGAGGAAGAUAAUGACCUCAGAGUGGACUGCCUUCUGGAGCCCAAACCCAACUACCACACAGACUAUGAGUUCUCCAUGUCCAAAGGCCAAAAGGAGACCAUCAUAAGCACUAACAUCUCUGGAAUCAUGCCUGAGCCCAAGUUCAGGCACAACACAUUUGUGACAGAGCUUGAACCAUAUGGAUUUAGGCUGACCAUUAUGAGCUUCUCCAUCACAGAGAAUACAACUUUCAUUUGUAAAGUGACCAAGAUCCAGAAGACUCUAUUUGUUGAAUUAGAGAGCAUCCAGCCCUGCUCUGCCAUCAGUGUGUUUCUGCUGGGUUACCCUUGGCUCAGUCUCCUGGUUCCUCUGUGCAUCAUACAUCUAUAAGAAGCCUUUUAAAACAGGCAGGGUGUACAAAAGUAUUGUAUUUCCAGACUCUAAAUGUAUUUCUAUAGAUUUUGCUGCAAAUUUGAGUAGUUGUUAAAAAUAUUUUACAAUCUAAAUGCUCUGCCUUUACUGUAAAGUAACAGUUGCUGCCUCUAUGAUGGUAUUUAUUUACUUAUGCCUUUUUACAUGUCUAGCCAAAACACAACUGAAGACAUGUGCGAUGAGUUUUUAGGGUUCUUGACUAUUAAGGGGUACCAGCAUUGUUGAUAAUGUUAUGUCAAGCAAUUAUACUGCUACUUAGAAAAGUUACAAUUAUAGUGCCAUCAAUGCUUUCAAUAAAAUGCACCACACAGUUAUUGUUCAUUAGUGUGUAGAUAAAUAAACAAAUCCCAUUACUUUUGGAUUUAUUAUGGUUUUCCCAGCACAUUUUCCUCUCAGUUCCCUUAUAACAUUGCUUAAUGUUUGUGUAAAAGAAAAAAAGAAUACAUCCAAUAUUUUCAAUUGUUUUAAGAUGCUAUCAAUGUCGUCUUAGAAAAUUCAUCUUUAAUUAAAUCUAUCACUGCUGUUACCACCCUCCCCUCAUUCGUGAAACAAAAUAAACCAAUAAAAUUAAGAA